AUGAGGGCGUUCUACUAUGACGAGCUCCCCGGCGACCAACGCCUCAUGCACGACUCGGGCCAGGCCGUGUCCCAGCAGACCCUCUCCGAUCUCGGCGUCCUCUACCACAAGAUCCCCAUCGACGCCGAGGGCACGUGGAAGCAGUCCAUUGACAAGUUUGCCCAGACGCGCGGCUACAAGAACCGCGACCAGAUCAACGUUACUCCUAGAGGGUUAGGCGAGUCAUAUGAGGCCAAGAUCAAGAUGUUCUUUGACGAGCACCUGCACGAUGAUGAGGAGAUCCGCUACAUUCUUGACGGUUCGGGCUUCUUUGACGUCCGCGGUAAGCUCGGUCUCGCGUACUCUGCUGAUGACUGGUGGAGUCACUACGGGAGACAAGAGGUGGAUCCGGAUCCACCUCGUGCAGGGAUUUACCACCGUUUCACUGUUGACGAGGGCAAUGACAUUACCGCAAUGCGGUUGUUCCAGGACGAGCCAAAGUGGACCCCGUACUCUCGCGCCGAGGAUGGCACGGACACCCGCGAGUCGCGCCACGAAUACGUCAGGUCCGUAGCUGUGGCGGCCUAA